AAACGCUACGCUACAAACACGGACACAUGUCAAAGUUGAUAUAAUAUUUCCUUCAUUGCACCACCAGAGAGCAUCAAUGCUUCAAGCAAAGUGUAUUUUACAGCCGAACCGAAAUGCAUAAUACGAGUCAGUCAGAUGAGCGAAAGACCCCACGCACGCAGCACGCACACACGUGUUUACUGCAGCCAUGGCGGACAUGCAGAUGAAGAUUCUCCGCAAGAAAAUUCAGAAGAGAAAUGAUAAAAAUAAAGAACGCAAAUUGCUCAGAGCUCAGAAGAAAGAAGAGGAAAACGGUGAAGAGGUAAAAGUUGUUCUGGACGAAUCUGAUUCUGCUCCAAACGUCAGUGAAGAGCAGCAGCGAAGUAACGAAACCUCACAGCAAAUCAAGAAGAAAAAGAAAAGAAAACUGCAUGGUGCGGGGGACGCAGCAUCUGGUGUGAAAAAGGUCAAAAAGCAGGAUGUUAAAGAGACAACAGAAACAUCGGAUGGAGAAGAUGAGAAACAGGAGGAAUUUACAGAGCCUGAAAAGGUGCCAGAAAACGGAAAUGAUGACAAAGGGGGUUCAGCAGAAGAGGAUGACAGUGAUGAAGAUGGCCCAGAGCUUCCUUCUGGUCUCACAGGUGCGUUUGAGGACAAGUCGUUUGCAUCUUUGGCUGAAGUGGUCAGUGAGAAUACACUGAAGGGGGUGAAGGAAAUGGGCUUUGAAACCAUGACUGAGAUCCAGCACAAGACCAUACGACCUCUGCUGGAAGGAAGAGACGUGUUGGCUGCCGCUAAAACGGGAAGCGGUAAAACUCUGGCUUUCCUGAUUCCCUCCAUUGAGCUUAUUUACAAACUCAAAUUUAUGCCCAGAAAUGGGACUGGAGUGGUCAUAUUGUCUCCCACUCGUGAGUUGGCCAUGCAGACGUAUGGUGUGCUGAAGGAGCUGAUGACUCAUCAUGUGCACACAUAUGGCCUCAUCAUGGGCGGCAGCAACCGUUCUGCUGAAGCCCAGAGACUCGCCAAUGGAGUCAAUAUCAUUGUUGCUACACCUGGCAGACUUCUCGAUCACCUGCAGAACACACCCGGGUUCAUGUUUAAGAACCUCCAGUGUCUGAUCAUUGACGAGGCUGAUAGGAUUCUAGAGGUUGGCUUCGAGGAAGAACUGAAGCAGAUCAUCAAACUGCUGCCUAAAAAAAGACAGACCAUGUUGUUUUCCGCAACACAGACGCGUAAGGUGGAGGAUCUUGCACGAAUCUCCCUCAAGAAGGAGCCGUUGUAUGUGGGGGUGGAUGACAACAAAGACACGGCCACUGUGGAAGGACUAGAACAGGGAUAUGUUGUGUGUCCUUCGGAAAAACGUUUCCUGCUGCUUUUCACGUUUCUGAAGAAGAACCGUAAGAAGAAGCUGAUGGUGUUCUUCUCAUCUUGCAUGUCUGUGAAGUACCACUAUGAGCUGCUCAACUACAUCGAUCUGCCCGUCAUGGCCAUUCACGGGAAGCAGAAACAGACGAAGAGAACCACAACGUUUUUCCAGUUCUGUAACGCAGACUCUGGCAUACUCCUCUGUACGGAUGUGGCUGCCAGAGGUCUCGAUAUCCCAGAGGUGGACUGGAUUGUUCAGUACGACCCUCCCGAUGAUCCAAAGGAGUACAUUCACCGUGUGGGACGAACAGCUCGUGGUAUUAAUGGUAGAGGACAUGCCCUCCUGAUCCUAAGACCAGAGGAGCUUGGCUUUCUACGAUUUCUCAAACAGGCCAAAGUCCCUCUGAGUGAGUUUGAGUUCUCCUGGGCUAAAAUCUCUGAUAUUCAAUCUCAGUUGGAGAAGCUGAUAGAGAAGAACUACUACCUUCACAAAUCAGCUCAGGAGGCCUACAAAUCCUACGUCAGAGCUUACGACUCGCAUUCCCUCAAACAAAUCUAUAAUGUGGAGACGCUCGACCUCCCGAAAGUGGCAAUGUCCUUUGGGUUUAAAGUGCCACCUUUUGUGGACCUCAAUGUUCACAGCAGUAAAGGGGUGAAGAUGCAGAAGCGAGGUGGCGGCGGAGGCUUUGGCUACCAGAAAUCAAGUAACGUCCACAAGGCCAAGAUCUUCAAACAUGUCAACAAAAGGAAAGGAGAUGGUAGACAGUUCUCACGCUGAGAAUAAGAUCAAUCCUCCUUGUGAUGCACCUCUUUAUGGAGUAGCGGUCAGACAACACGAUUGUCAUUGUGUUCAUUUGUUCUCAGUCAUUUGAGAGGAGCUCUGAUCAGUCUGCAUUCCAUGCCUGUACAGAAAGCUGUUUUCAGAAGCUGUUAUGUAAUGCUGAAUUUCUAUUGUUACUGGCCCAACUCAUUAAAUAUAGAAACUU